GAGGGGCUGGAGCUUCGGGCUGGGGGCGGUGUAGCCCCAGGCUCUCUCGCAGCAACCCCAAACCCCUGAGAACCCGCACUCCUGCGCCCUCCGUGGGAAGAGAGACCCCGGACACACCCCCCAUGAGGGGCUGCAGCGCCUGUCGGGGUGACCGGUCUGCCCCCCACCCUCGUGGUCGUCCCUCCGCCUUUCCCUGCCGGCGGCCCGGCUGCGGAGGGGGCAGCGAAGGCUGUGGGAUGGCGGUUAAGGUGGCGUGUGACAGAUGUCCUCCUCUGACAGCUCUCGGUAUCAGCCCAGUGGCUCCCUGCCAUUGGCUCGGUGCAGCCGACCGGCAAGGCAGCUCGCUAUAACAGCACUGUGCCCAGCAGAGGCGGCAGCUCAGACGGCUUCGGCGCGCCCGGCCUGCUCCUCCCCCGGCAGCCCGCUCCCCGCCGGAGGGGCCGCACACACCUCCUCUCACACACACCGGCACAUGCCGCCGGCCCCGGCCCUCCCCGCCCCGCCAAGCAGAGCCGAGGGAGGCCGGCCUGAGCACCCCGCGGGCUGCCGGGAGGCGGCCCCGGCCCCAUUCCCGACCUCAUGGAGUGCUACUACAUUGUCAUCAGCUCCGCGCAUCUCAGCAACGGGCACUUUCGCAACAUCAAGGGAGUUUUCCGAGGCCCCCUUAGCAAGAACGGAAACAAAACUCUGGAUUAUGCUGAAAAGAAAAACACGAUAGCAAAAGCUCUGGAAGAUCUUAAAGCCAACUUCUACUGUGAACUUUGUGACAAGCAGUACUAUAAACACCAGGAGUUUGACAAUCACAUUAACUCUUAUGAUCAUGCUCACAAACAGAGACUGAAGGAGCUGAAACAGAGGGAGUUUGCUCGAAACAUAGCAUCUAAGUCAUGGAAAGAUGAAAAGAAACAGGAGAAAGCCCUUCGACGUUUGCACAAGCUGGCUGAGCUAAGGAAAGAGAGAACGUGUGCUCCUGGAAGCGGCCCUAUGUUCAAAUCUACUACAGUGACUGUGCGAGAUCAUUGCAGUAAUAACCCCCAAAGUGCCAUCACAGAUUCUUCCAACAGUCAGGAUUUAAUGCAUGAUACACAGAAUGGUGAAGAUGUUGCUUCUGUUACUUCUUCCAUUCCUGGAAAUGCAUGUAGUAAUAAAUCCGACACUAACAAAUGUGGAGAUCAGGUUCAAGGAGCUCAAGGUCAUAGAGUUGGUUUCUCUUUUGCUUUUCCCAAGAAAGCAGUGGUCAAACUGGAGUCUUCAGCUGCUGUUUUCUAUGAAUAUAAUGACGAGACAUCUAUAGAGCAUGGAUUUAGCAGAAGAAGUAGGUUUGUUCCAGGAGCAUGUAACAUUCAGUCUCCUUCAGUGGCAGAAAUAGUCCUGUGCCCUGAGGAGAAACAUAACUGUUUUCACCCACUGGUGGAAAAAUGCAUAGGCACAGCAGGAGCUCCUAAAGCUCAGGAGCCAGAAAAACUAGCUGGUGAAGAAAGCGGUGUGCUGGAGUCUCCUAUCUUAACUCCUGCUGCAUCCCAUUCAAAGCAUCUGGUUUCCUUGGACAUGGGUGGCUAUGGCAUUGAUGUGAAUGCAGCAGACGUAGUGGACCAAAUGCUGCCCAUGGCUGUGGACAGUGCUCGGGUCCUGCCCCUGGACUGCAGCGGGUAUGAGCUGCAGGCCAACAGGGCUCUGGCACAAGCAAUUGUGGAGGACUCUUUAUCUCUGCAGGAUGUUGCCAAGGAAAAUAAUACAGAUAGCAACAGUGAUCCAUCCAUGACUGAAACUGAAAUAAAAAGACUGGUUGCAGAUGUAUCAGUUCCAUCAGCAUCUGAAGAAGGUAGUGGUGGAACCCCACAAAGCAAACCGGACGUGCACAAGAGACCUUGUGAACCUUUUGUUCCUGUUCUUAGCAAACACGGAUCAAAUAUUCUUCAGUGGCCAUCGGAAAUGUUAAUUUACACAAGUACAGACCCAUCAAUUUCUUACAGCUGCAAUCCUUUAUAUUUUGAUUUCAAGUUAUCAAGAGCAACUGACAGCCAAGAAAAGCCCAAGCAUCAGCCAAACAUACCUCAUUUGCACCAUAAAAGUGAAUCCAACCAUAGCUUAGUCUUGAAUUUUACAAAUAAACCUACUUCAGAGUGUGGUGAUUAUGAACCAGAAAUCAAUAAAGAUGUGUGUGACUAUACAAUACCCCUUAUAAGUGACAAUUCCCUCCUCAUAAAUUGUGAUUUUGCAAAAAAUCAAAAUAAAGUGUCUUUGGAUGAAUCAUUCAGGAUUAGAAAAAUAGAAAAGUAUCGCCUUUCUAAAAAUCACUUACGACAAAACACUGUGAUAGAUGAGAAAUACAACAAAAUCUGGAUCAAAGAAAGCCAUGAAAAAUGGCUACACAAAAGUAGAAAAUGGAAAAGGAAAAGAAAAUUGUGUCGUCAUCAUCAUCACUGUGGGGACAUGACAGCAGCAGAAAUGGAGAUGUCCUCAAUGAGUGAAAAAGAAAUCAGUUACCAAGAUGAAAACAAAUAUCAGCACCUCCAAAAUAAUCCAGAGAAGUGCAGAUAUGAUGUGGGGAAUAUCUGGCUAGAUGCAGGUGAGCUACAGCAUUCGCAUCAAAAACUUGGUAUUGAAAAUUGUCAUAAGAGAGUCAUGUCUGCACCACAUCAUGUACAUGGAGACAGAGCCUGGUGUGAUGUUUGGAGUGCAACCAAUAACCAACACCAUGGUUGUAAGCGAUGGCACAGAAGGAGCAGAGCAAGUUCUCAGGCAUAUGCAAAGCAGCUGGCUCUGAGUUCCAGGAGGCACAGCCUCAGGUACACUAAAACAUGUUGUAGCUGGAAAGCCAGGAGGUCAAGCUGUAGCCCAGAGCAUAAAUGUUUAGGACACUGCAGUGUGGAAAAGAGUCUGAGUCAAAAACAGUCCAUAAAGAGAGGUUACAGUGUUCUGACAGAAGAAACAAAGAAAUCCCACUGCAAGUGGAGAGAGCAUACCUGUUCCUCUUCAUCAGAAGAAAGCUCGUACACACAAACAUUAUCAGCAGAGGAAUAUCUGAGGCAAGCUCAAACUAUAGGUACACGUCACAGGACAAAAGGGAAACAAAGGAAAAGAAAAACCAGAAUCCAUCGCAUAUUCCUUGACAGGAAAGCAAGGAGUGAGAACUCCAGACCUUCCACAGAAAGUUCUGCAAAUUCUACGUUAAAUGUUUUGAGGGGCCUCUUGACUCAAGACAGUCUAGAGGAAGUUAGUGCAGAUCCCAAAGCUGAUCAUGCAAAAGACACAGAUGAAAUGACACAACUGGAGGAAAGCAAGUCAUCUCUAGACACUGACAUUUCACACGUGUUAGAACACAAUGAACCAAGGGUGUGCACAGUGAUGGAGAACACGCUGGGUGUAUUUUCUGAUGUUGUCACUGUGCCCCUUCCUGAGCACCGCGCUCCAGCAGCUGCCAGCACACAGGGUGUUCUGCAAGAUGAAAAGAAGACAGAAGAGGUCAACAGUCAUGAAAAUCAGGCUCAUUACAAACCUCCCCUCCCCAACAGACAUUUGGAACAAGCUCCUCCUAGAUCCAAUCUUUGCCAUUAUGAAUUGGCCGAGUCUCUACCACAUGAGAAAAUAAAUGAGGUGACUGGUGAAUGGGUACAGCGUAAUCCUGAUAUAUUUAGCAGCCCACCACCCUUGCCAUUCAAGGAAGCACAUGUAAACAGUCACAGUUUUUUAACUACUGAGCAGUUACUAGCCCCUUUUACCCCGCCUGAUCAGACACUGAUAUUCCCUCCAGAUAAACACGACAAAUUCAAAGAUUUCCCGUCUGAGGCCUAUCAGCAGAUCAUGCCACAGAACAUACUGGCCAGCAAAGUGAAGUUCACCUUCCCUCCCACAGCAAUCCAGCCCCCGAAUUCCCCACUGCAGCCUGUACCCCUGCAGCUGCCAUUGUGCUCUACCUCCAUCACCACCAUCCACCACACUGUCCUACAGCAGCAUGCCGCUGCUUCACUGAAGGUUCUCCAGCCCCACCAGCAGUUUCUCUCACAGGUCCCGGCUCUUUCCCGAGCUCCUUUACCUCAUGUGCCAGUAGGACCAAGGCUUUGCCCAGGGGUUCACACAGCUUUUGUCACCGCACCGCACUUGCCACUGCUGCCACCCUCAGUCCUGCCACCAAGCCCGCCGGCAUUCCCACUGCUGCCGCACACCGUCUUCCCAUCCCUGCUGUCCCCACACCCUACUGUCAUCCCCCUGCAGCCCCUCUUUUAGGAUGGGUUCUCAGAGCUGGGGGAAGGAGCCCUCAGCUCAGUGGUCCUGCUGCUUCUACAGCCCCCCCUCGACUUUGCAGGAUGGUUCUGUGAAAUGAACUGGUUAAAAUUCCUUGUUCCUUGGGAAGCAUUUACUGUAAGUACAAUAAUGCAAACAUUCAUGUUGAGGUCAGACCUGUACUAUAACAAAAGCACUAAAUAGUCUGAUGCUAAUAUGAACUCUCUAUAUGUAAGUGAAAAUCAUGUCUUAGAAUAUGUACAAUAUAAAUAAAAUAUAUUUAUAGUUCUAUAACAUGUUGUAUUCACUUUUUUGUUUUUAUCUUUGUGUAUUUGCACCUAUUUAAUGUUUAGACAAAGCUGAUGCACUAUGUUUUGUACUAUGUCCUCUGAAACUGUAAAUCUGGUGACAAACUAUCUCUUGCAAUAAAUUUUUGUUAACUACUUAAGUAUAUAAAAAAAAUCUUUCGUUAUAAGCCUCAUGGAUGUUGCUCUUCCAUGGUUUUCUGCAGCUGAAUAGCAUCCUCUGCCCCUACUCUGUUUGAAUAAUCAGGUUUCCUAUGCAUCAGUGAUUUAUCAAGGAGGCUCAGAGGCUAAUACCUUGAGGUAUUGUCUCACUGAGCAAGAGAGGAAGAUUAAUAGAUGUGUUUGUGUUAGCAGCUUGAAGUUACCAUGACAAAUUGUGCCUACUUGUAGUAUGUGCACAAACUGCUCACUGUUGGAGCUAAUCCCUUUUGUACUAAACCACAAAAUGAUGAUGUAACAAAAAUGACAUCAAUGAUGGCCUGGGGGGAAUAUCAACACCAGUUUGACUUCAAGGGAAUGUUGCUUACACUGGAAUGGUGAAGCACAGGGAAGAUCUUGGCUCCACCAAGCAGUUGUGCUCUGACUGUGCACAGCCCUCGAUGGGGCAGAUCUGUUUGGGUGAGGUCCUUCCUGCCUGUGCAGUGUGUGACAAUAACAAGGAUGCAUGAGUAUGAAGGGGAUGUCAGGAGGAGGUUCACAUGGGGAAACCCACCAGGGUUUGAGACAGAUUCUCACCUCACUUUCACCCUCUCUUUCCUGAAGCAGUUUGCCAAAGUAGAAUAACAUUGAAUAGAGAUCAGCUAAAAUAAUAAUAUGCUGCCAUUACUUCUAACUCUAUUUCAGAGACUUCUCCCUACCUCUGCAGUCUGUUUAUUGCUUUAGCAGCUAUAAACAGCUUUAGCCAGUGAAAUCUCCACAUUUGCUUUAGUUUGGGAUGUAUCAGGCCCACACCUACAACAAAACCGAAGACAUUCUGAGAUAGAACCAUCUUUUUGAGUUAAAAUGAAGUGUUACCAUGUGAAUGAAGCUAAGGAUUUGCAGCAUGACCCUUAGUGCUAGAAGUAGGCCCUCUGUAAUGGAAGGUAGGUGUUAGCAAUCCAAUUAAUUACUUAGUUUCACCUUUUUAUGUAGUAUAAUAAAAUUAUAUAAAGUUGAACUUAAAAAGUAGUAAUUUUGGAAGAUUAUUAAUAUUCAUUACAUAUGAAUAGCUACAGACAUUAAUCAUUUGAAAAGUAAUACUAUAUCUUAAGACAUAUAUAUGGAUAUUACUUCCUGCAUCUAUAGCAUUAGAACUUACCUGUGUCAAUAAUGCAAGUUUUUGUAUAAUAUUACAUUAAAACUAUAGCAAAUGACAUCUUGUCACUAUGAUUACAGUGUCAGCUACUCAAGGAAUGCGAGUUUUCCCUGUCUUGCAGUUACAAAGGGCUAAAGUAUGCCAAUAAGCAAAAAGCUGAUAAGAAAGAGCAGUUGAGAUAUCAGGGUCUGGAGAGCGACUCGGAUCUCCUGACUGAGGCUGUGUCAAUGAGCAGGAUGUUGCUGUCCCUGUAAUGCCAUAAAGAGGGUAUAUUUUCUCUAUUUGCAAUUUCAGGUGAAUGCCUGUUUCUAUUUAUCUGGUACCUGAAAAAACAUAGCAUAGAAGUGACUUUAUACACCUUUAUUUUGCAAGCAUGCCUACAUAAUCUAUAUGUCUCCACUACUGCCUGUGAUAUGUAGGUACCAAGCAGGUGCUAAACACAGGAAUAUCUGAAGUGGGAAGGUUCAUGCCAGCUCCCUUAGCUGACUUCUGCAUUUCUGUCCUUCUGUGUAGUAGCCAACACAGACAGUCCGUUGGGUUCUGAUGUCUCAACAAAGACAAAAAAAACAUCUAAUUCUAUGAGUACACUUGAAAAAAGUCAUGUAGGAAAAUCAUGAUUGCAUGUUAUCAGAUCCAUGCAUUUUUAUCUGGCAGGAGAUGAAAAAUCACCAAUUUCAGUUUUUCAGUUGCAAUAUUCAUUGAAAAAUCCCAUCUUUUAAAUUUAGAAGUCCACAUUUUUUUAACAAAAUGUUCCAAUAGCUUUAAAUUUUACUUUAUUCCUUACAAUUUUCUUCCUAUUUUAAGUUGUUAAACUUUGAAGACAUUGCACAAUUAUUUGUUAUCUACUGUAACUGCUUUAAGUGCAUAAACUACUUAAAAACUCUAAGAACCAAGUGUACUCAUAUGCUAUUGCUUGGAUCGCUACAGCUGUUUAUAUAUAUGACUUCAUUUGUAAAAGCAAAACCAAUAUAAAAAUAAAUCACAAGUUAAAUUUAAAAUUGAGCAUACUAGAUUAAAUGACCUAAUGAAAUAUUCUUUUGAGUUUUUCUUUUAUUAUUAAAGAUCUAACUUCUAGUAAGUUAUAUAAAGGUAGCUCUUCUUAUUCAUGUUCUAUCUGAUAUUUUUGAUUAAAUGUGUAUUUUUCUUCCAUAACUUGGC